UCUCCGCGUCCUCAGUUCUCCAACCACAGCUGCAAGACAUACAUGCAUACGGUUGCGUUCAAGGACUAUCGCACGAGCAUGGUGUCAUGCUGAAUCUGGCCUAUCGGCCUGAGCAGCUGAGGAUCGCACCGCACGAUAGUUGAUAUGCCUGCCACGAUGAACCUUCGCGCGCAGGACAUCUUGAUUGGGGACUACCCAGGAGCUAUCGCCAACGCAUGAUACACCUUUGCCUCGCAUCUCCCUUCCACUCCUUGGGGACAAUGCCUUGGUCAUGUUCCCCUGCCUCCCUGCACGCGCAAGUCACCUCUCUCGUUAUUCUUCUCUUCUCCCUAUCUGUCUUCGCUGCUUCGACCUAUAGGACGAUUGACGAUACAUACGGGGACGAUGUGACCGGCGUAAUGCCAGUGUAUGGCUCCAAUUGGAAUGCUCAACCAGAGUGCAUCGGAUGUCAAGUACAACCGGAUCCCAAUUCGGCGUACCGUGGUACUUGGCAUGAUACGACUUCGAACCAUCCGAAUUCAACGACAGGUCACUCCAUGACGCUGCAGUUCACGGGGACUUCUAUCUGGGUGUAUUGCAUUCUCACCAACUCCGGCGCACCGUACGUCACCAUCGCCACAAACGCUAGCUUCGAGUUGGACGGCAGCCAAGUUGGGAUUUAUUCGCACCUCCCGGACUCUACUGCACAGCAAUAUGAGUACAACGUCACCGUCUUCAGCAUGACGGGCCUCAACAACGUGGGCCACACGCUGGUCAUUAACGCGACCCAGGGCUCUCAGGCGUCCCUGAUUCUGUUCGAUUGGGCCAUGUACAUGUAUGAAGACUCCGAGACAACCAGUUCCAGUAGUACCUCCACAUCUCAGCUCACAUCGGCUCCGAGUAGCGCGAUCCCAGCUAGCACGAUAACAAGCACGUCUUCGAGUCCGGGUCCAGCGGACCUUUUCCCAAGUGGCAGUCAAACGCCAGGUACCAGCAGUGGUCCAUCUGGGGCUGCUAAACCAGGCACCACAAAACCUGAUAGCAGCGGAGAGCAGAGCACUGGUACCGCAAAAACGAGUGGCCUUACAAGCGGAGCCGCUACGAGCACUUCGGGAGGCACUCCCGGGAACCCGAGUGGGACGAAUGCAGUCGCGACUCAACAUAAGGGUACGCCUAUCGAUGCCAUUAUCGGUGGCAUAGUGGGUGGCCUGUCGUUCGUAGCCCUCGUCGUUUGCCUCGCUAUCUACUGUAGACGGCGGAGGACACACCAAAGCGUGGAGACAACGGGCUACGGAACGGUUGAACCACUGGUCUCUCCUCCGAGUUUCAACGGCGCAGGCGCAGUCUCCGCACCCAAGUCGCAGGAAAGGAAUACAAGCACGCUCUCGACUGCUUCUAUAUCAAAUACUGCGAUGCCGCUACCUACGACAGGCAGCUCUUCUCUCGCCGCUCUCGCAGGUUCAGCGGAUACCAGCUUUCCUGACGACAAAAGAGCAGAAGAUAUCCCCUCUUCACGGCGCGGCAGUCUCACCCGUCAGCACCAGAAGCUCAUGCAGAAGGUUGCGAUAUUUCGAGCGGGACGCUCGGUGGGCGUGUGCAGGCCAGAUGGUGCGUCUGCACCAGCAGGAGUCGGCGCAGCAUCGUCGCUGCUACCCCCUGUCCCCAGGACAGCAGCGUUGGCCACGGAGGUAGUAUCGCCCACUCGGACAGUUCCUGCCCCUUCAUCGUCUGAACCUGCAGACACGGACGACGACGAGCUGGGAAGGCAAUUGGCGUCAAUGCAGGUGGAAAGGGCACGGCUACUAAGGGCCGUCGUCGGGGGGGAUCACAUCAUAUCCAUUGGGCCUGUUGAAUCAUUCGAUUACUCAGAGCCACCUCCUGCAUAUGCCACCUCGUAACUUGCGUUCUUGCAAUUCACUCUGUUAUAUCAUCAUAAACAGCGUAUCGUGUUGAUAUUGUGUUUGUUCAGUAUGCGCAGAGCGUCAGGAGAUGAACACUUCGAAAGUAGAGGUACGACACAGCUGUACCCUUCGCCGACGGCCCUCGUCUUCGCCCUCCAUCUCUCCCUCACUACCCUCUUUCUCCUCCCCAUCUUGCUUCCUGAUCCUUCCGUGGCCCUGAUAAGUUACAGCAACAGAUUCAGGCGUCGUCUUAAAGCGAGCCGUGUUG